AUGGAGUUUGAACUGAAAUAUUCCAAUUUAAAUAAAUUGCCAUUACUAACUAAAUCUGGUAACAUCAGAGCAGCAAAAGACUGUUAUUUGCCAUCAGAACUUAAACCACGCUUGGAUCUUGAAAAAAUUGUAACUGAAGACAUAGGAUUUAUAGAUUACAAAUCUUACCGCCAUACAUCAAUAACUGCAGAAAAAGUCAAAUCGAUACUACUGCAGUUGCAAGUUAAAGAGGAAAUUCAUUUUUUUUGUGGAGAAUUCAAUCAAAAUUCUGAUAGUAGUGAUAUUGAUAAAUUUGAAGAAUAUAGUCAUUACAUUACGAAUGUCAAUAUGAUCCAAUUAAAUAAGUCCUAUCAUUAUCAUAUAGCCUACUUACCCUAUAUGAGUUGCUUAAAGUUAGCUCAAAAUCAAGAUGCGGUCAUCGAAGGAAUGAAAGUAUUUAAAAUUUAUACUGAGCACAUAGAGAAAGAACUGCAAUACUGUUUGCCACGGAUGCAAACUAAAUUUGGUAGUAUAACUAUCAAUCUAGCCGAGGAUCUAAUGAAGUUAUUAGGGGCUCGCAACCAGCUAACCGUGCAAAUUGUCAUCAAACUCAUAAAUGCCAUUAAUUCAAGAUCACCACAAAAAUAUCAUGAUCAAUUUCAAAGCCUUUAUAAACAAGUGAUAGCAUCACCUUGGGAUGAUAUUUAUUACGAAAAAUUAAAGCAAUCAAAUAGCAAAAUAUUAGCUUCGGAUGGAUCUUUACAAUAUACCAGUUCGUUAUAUUUUAUUCCUGACAAAGAGUUAUGCGGUGUGAGGCAUCGAAAUCUUUUAAAGUCAUUUUCAAAUCUAACAGUACAAGAUGUGUUAAUGAUUUGCCGCUAUUUUGGCGUUCAAAUAUUAACGGCGAAUGACUAUAAAAUAAUCUAUGAUCAUCCUAAAGAUAAUUCAAAAAUGAAAACAUUAAUUACAAAUUUGUUAAAAAUGGUUGUUAUAACAGAAGCGAAAUCUACAAGUUACCGAAAUCGAUUAUACAAGAAAUGGCACGCAAAACUGAAUAAACUCGAUAUUUUAGCAGUUAAAAGACUUGCACUUGAGGUUAAAGCCAAUUCAAAAAUUACUUUCAAAAUCGAAGUUAUACUUACUGGUACUAAACUUCUACAUGAUAAUGAUUCUGAUGAAACUAGCAAUUUAGAUGAUAUUGUAAAAAGUAUUGCAACAUAUUUAGAAUUAUCUGAAGAUAAUUUAAGGUAUCUAGAAAUAUUAUCAUUAAUCAAUACCGAAAAAGAUCGUCUCAGAUGGCUAGAGAAAAAGAAUUAUAACGUUAAUGCCUUACUCAUGAUAGAUGAGAACUGCAUACCAGAUGGCGAUAUACAAAGCCAUUCUGAUGGCGGAGAUACUACGGAAAAUGUUACACAUUUGAACUACAGCACAAAACCAAAAUAUAUUCUCGAAUCCUUAGAUGAAGACGAUAACAUCGGCACAGAAUCAGAGAGUAAAAGGCUUCGAACAAGUAUAUGGACACAUAAAAUUUAUGAGCAACAUAGUAAAAGUGAAUUAUCAAGAGAAGAAUUCGUUCGCAAUCGCAAAGUAUCUCAUCAGCUAACACUUAUCAACAAAUCAUCUUGUGUAGGCAAAACAGGCGAGACGAAUUCAAAUAUUUCUGAGCCUACAAGCUCAUCUGAAGAUGAUAAUUAUCUUCAAUACUGCAAACCUGUAAAUGCUGCCCGAGCUAAUGUUAGCUUGAUGAAAUACGACGAAAAAUCUCAAGCACUGUUUAAAAAUACCGGCCUUCAAGUACAGUAUACUCAUUGUACUAACUUAACAAAUCAUUCAGAUACAUCAACUAAUUUUACUAUUCAACGUAAUCAAGUAGGCCACAUAAGAAGUAUUUCUAAGGAGAGAGAAAAUAACAGUAAUGAGAAUAAGGGCCAUAAUCGAUGGACUGGUCGAUGGGGAGAAGAAUUUGCUUUUCAAUAUUAUACACGCUAUUAUAGGAAACAGUUUCGUAUUAUUUUAAUAGAAUACGAAUAUUUAGGAACGGCAUUUAUGAGAGGCAUUGAUAGUCGAGGAAAAAACUUAUCAGUAACCAUAACUUGGCUUAAUUACAGUCAAGAAAGCAAUUCAUCAGCCGACAUAAAAGUAAUUAAAAACAAUAUUUCAAAGUUUAUUGAAGUUAAAACUACUUAUAGAAAUAAAAAUCUUUUUAUCAAGAUAAGUCAAAAAGAAUGGCAGUAUAUGUGCCAACUAGGCAAAAAUUAUCGACUAUGUUGCAUUUAUAAUGCCGGAAUAGAAGGGGAGAUGAAAGCAAAUACCUAUUUUACCAAUUCUGUUUGGCAUCAUUUCCGAGCCAUAAAUGAAAAUACUGCUAAAGCAAAACUGAUCGAGCUACUAAUCCUAGAUAGGCGUUAA